UUCGGAACUUACCCGGAGAGAGGUUAAGGCUCGGAGAUAGACCGGAAGUUCUGGUUACCCUUGGCAACAAGACAUCCGGGCCUUUCCUCCUCGGAGUGGAGCGAUUACUUCCGGUCUGGUUGGUCACCUAGGCAACGGGCCCACUAGGUGGAGGCUUGUAGGAGCCGAGGCGCCAUGGCGGAGGUGACAGCUCGGCCGAUUGCAUCCUUACCAGCAGCAACAGAACUUCCGAGAGCCAGGUCAGGAAGAGUGCCCGACCUGCCCAUUCUGGAGAAGAGGAACUGGCUGAUCCACCUGUACUACGUGCGCAAAGAUUACGAUGCAUGUAAGAUUGCCAUAAAAGAGCAACUGCAGGAAACCCAAGGAAUGUGUGAAUACGCCGUCUACGUUCAAGCUUUGAUCUUUCGCUUGGAAGGAAAAAUUCACGAAUCUCUGGAGCUUUUCCAGACUUGUGCUAUUCUCAGGCCUCGAUGUGCAGACAACCUCAAGCAGGUGGCCCGCUCCCUGUUUCUCCUGGGCAAGCACAAAGCAGCUAUCGAAGUCUACAACGACGCAGCUCAACACAACGAGAAGGACUGGGAGAUCUUCCAUAACUUGGGAGUGUGCUACAUGCAGCUGAAAUAUUUCAACAAGGCCAAAGAUCAGCUGAACAAUGCCUUGCAGCUCAACCGACAUGACCUGACAUACAUGACGCUGGGGAGAAUCCACCUGAUGGAGGGGGACCGAGACGCAGCCGUUGAGAUCUAUAAGAAAGCAGUGGAAUUCUCCCCUGAAAACACAGAGCUCCUUACAAUCCUGGGCUUGCUUUACCUCGAGCUGGAGAUUUAUCAGAAAGCCUUUGAAUACCUUGGAAACGCCCUCACCUUUGAUCCCUGCAACUAUAAGGCCAUUUUGGCAGCUGGCAGUAUGAUGCAAACCCACGGGGAUUUCGACAUGGCUCUCAGCAAGUACCGGAUUGUGGCUUGUACUGUUCCUGAGAGCCCCCUGCUCUGGAACAACAUCGGGAUGUGCUUUUUUGGCAAAAAGAAAUACGUGGCGGCCAUCAGCUGCCUGAAACGGGCAAACUACCUGGCACCCUUUGAUUGGAAGACCCUGUACAAUCUUGGAUUGGUCCACCUGACAAUGCACCAGUAUGCUUCAGCCUUCCACUUCAUCAGCGCAGCUGUCCACCUCCAGCCAAAGUUGGCAGAACUUUAUAUGUUGUUAGCAGUUGCCCUGACAAAUCUUGAAGAUCUUGAAAACGCGAGGCUAGCCUAUCAGAAAGCUUCAUCAUUGGACACGGGCAACCCACUCAUCAGCCUGAAUUACGCAAUCCUGCUGUACAAUCAAGGUGAUAAGGAGGAGGCUGUUGCUCAGUACUACGAGAUGCAAAGAAAGGUCCAUGCAUUAAAAGAGAGCACCCUGGAUUUUGACCCCGAGAUGGUGGACAUAGCCCAGAGACUGGGCACUUCCUUACAGCUUGGAGACGUUGCAAUCUGGGCUAAACCUGGUAAAGACUCAAAACCGAAGCCACGAGGGGCUGCACCCAGUGCGCAGCCAUUGGGUUCCAAUCAAGCUCUGGGGCAGGCAAUGUCUUCUGCAGCUGGCUACGCAAAGACCAUGGGUCAAGUUAUUGGAAGCUCCACUCAUCUGACAAAGGCUCCUUCCUUACCUUUGGAGCCUAAACCCAAUGAACCUCCUCCUCCUGAGGAACUCUCAUCUAGUGUAAAACCACAGGAGCAAAUUCAACCCAUUGAACAAGCCGAGGAAUCUUGAAGAGACGGCCAGCUUGGAACUGCUUGUAGAGUGGCCUAGUCAACCUAUUGGAUGCACGGGGACAAGGUGCAUUUAAGAAUCCUACAAACUUUGCACCAAACCAAAGAGUGCAGGAGUCCUCUCGCUCACAAUUAGUUGAGCAGAUACUUGGAAGUAGUGUUGUUUCCUUAACAUUCCACACAUAGGCUAAUGAAAGAUGCCACAAAGGUAGGGACAAGGGUUUGGGUAGCUUUCCCUGGAAACCACUGGACCUUCAUAACAGGAAGAGAAGUGAGUUUAAGUUUUUACUAAGAGAUGUCUCUAGAUGUUGAGAGUAUAAGCCCUUUCUAAUCUAAUAUUUUUCUAGUGAUGCCGAGUUACUUUUUGGUAGCAUAUCGAGCCGAAACGAGCCUUGGUGGCGCAGUGGUUAGAAUGCAGUAUUGCAGGGUAAUUCUGCUGACUGCCAUCAGUUUGAUCCUGACCGGCUCAAGGUUGAUUCGGCCUUCCAUCCUUUCCGAGGUCGGUAAAAUGAGGACCCAGAUUGUUGGGGGCACUAGGCUUAGAGAGGGCUGUAAAAACACUGUGAAGCGGUAUAUAAGUCUACCUGCUAUUGCUACUGCGACUUCUGGACUCGUCACCCAGCUGUUCUAUUGUAUAGGCAUUUCUUUGUAUAUCCCUCAAACAAAUUAACUGGGUAGAAUCCAGCUGCUUUUGUAUGACUUCCGUUUCCUGCCACUUUUGAACCCCUGGAAGCAUCUAAGAGGAGAUUUCAUCUUCCUCCACCAAUCAAGAUGGUGGAAUUUACUACUCGAUGACAUAGUAGAGAAGUACAUACGUGCUCGCUUCGGCAGCACAUAUACUAAAAUUGAGAAGUACUUGUAUUGGAUGGGUUAAGGAUUCUUUUGUAUAAAUAAAAAUGCGAUGAAUUAACUAAAAUC